GAGUUCGUAACCAAUCGAGGUGGAACUGUUUUAAGUUUCGUUUCAAGAGCAGUCUUUACUAUACUUGGUGCAGUGUUCCGGAGUAAACGAAAAGUAUGGCGCCUCAUCAUUAUAAGAAGAAGAAACAUAAAAAACAAAACUUAUCAUCUGGAAAUUCCAAAGAAAAUGUCAACUCAACUUCAGAACGGGAUCAUUCAGUUCAUAUCCAAUUGGAAUCCAGCGCUCCUUACUUUGUAAAACGUACCGAGAGAAUUGGAAGAUACCUCGUGGCUUCACGAGACCUUAAAGCGGGCGAUGUCAUUAUAGAAACGCUACCACUUAUUGUGGGCCCAUGUGCAGAAACUGAACCAGUAUGUUUGGCAUGCCAUAGUAUCUUCACUCCCGACAGUGUUAUCCACAGAUGUGAAAGAUGUAGCUGGCGAAUAUGUUCUCCAAACUGUCGCGGUCUAAACGCACCAAGUGCUCACUAUCAGCUCGAAUGUAUUCCUCUGCGGGAUAAGGCCGUUCACAAGCUGCUCGAGACGUCCAAUCCUGCCCAGGUGAAGCUAAUGUAUGAAGCCAUACUUACUUUACGUUGUAUGCUACUGAAAACCGUAGAUAUCGCGAGCUACGAUCGAUUAUUAGAUAUGGACCCUUUGAAUGACGUUCGACAAAAGAUUCCUAAACUCUGGAACCGUAAUCAAAAAGAGAUUGUACAACGAAUUCGUAACGGUUGGGGGUUUGCAGCGGAAUUUACCGAACAGGAACUACACACCAUUUGCGGUAUCAUUGAGGUCAAUGCGUUUGAGGUGGGGCAAGAACCGAUCAAGGCUCGUGCGCUUUUCCCAGAAGCGUAUCUUCUCAUGCACGACUGUACACCCAACACGGGCCACACGGAUGCACUUCGAACACAUUAUCUAACCGUAAGGGUGCUGCGAGAUGUUAAGGCGGGUGAAUCGCUUACACUUACCUACGCACACAUUUUGCAAGGUACGUUAAAGCGACGCCAGCAUUUAAAAGAGGAAAAAUUCUUCUAUUGUAGCUGUCGCCGCUGUUCCGAUCCUACUGAACUCGGCACGUACUGUAGUGCAUUACGAUGCACCAAGUGCCAAAGAGGGCUCAUCCUACCAGUGAAUCCACUCGAGCAGGAUUCAGAUUGGCAUUGUCAGCAAUGCCCAACAUCAAUGUCCAGUGAAUCAGUCAUAUUGCUGUUACAAAAACUAUCCCAACAGCUCGAAUGCAUCCGUGGUAACGAUGUGUGCGGACUGGAAUCAUUUCUUCGCCUUCAGAGGACUAUUCUACACGAUAACCACUAUCUGCUACUAUCGGUUAAACAUUCUCUAUGCGAGUUGUAUGGGAAGAUCGAGAGAUAUCUGAUACCGCAAUUGAACCCGGACCAGUUAAAACAAAAAGAAACGCUCUGUCGCGAUUUACUGGAAGUAGUCGAUCUGUUGGAGCCGGGAUUAAGUAGACUAAGGGGUACCAUAAUGUACGAGAUGCAUGUCCCAUUGUUGAUAGAAGCGGGUCAACUGUUUCAGAGUGGUGUAAUUCAACGAACCGAGCUACGUCAUCGACUAAAGGAGGUGCAACGCCUUUUAAAAGAGAGUGAUAAGAUUUUGUCCGUCGAGCCUGAAGGAUCACCCGAGCAUAGCAUAGCAGAGGCAGCUAGGAAUGCUCUUGAGAAUAUGGGAUCUAUAUGAACAACAAAUUUGCUGUGAUGGAACAUGUUUUGCUGUUAAAAAUAAAACCCUUGAUAAUAUAAUGCAUGAGCGUAUUGCACGUCCUCAAAUUUUAAUGCUGUUCGCUGUGUUAAUGCAGGAAGAUGCUUUUUACCGUGUCGAUCGAGACCGAGAACUCACCAAAAAUUACCAGUUCGUCAAGCGUUGAUACCAGGAGAGCAUCCAAUGCAGGAGGAUGCUUUUUUCCGUGUCGAUCGAGACAGAAAACACGCCAAAAAUGACCAAUUUGUUAAGCUCUAUGGUUACCUCCAUACGUGUUCUUCGCUCCUGUUCCUUUUACGAUUUUUGGGAUAAAAUUUCCGUCCGAUCGAAGU